AUGCCGAAACGCGUUCUGUGCUCAUAUGGUAUCGAUAUUGAUGCAGUAAGCGGAUGGCUGAAUACCAAAAACGGAGACCCAGCCAAUCCAACCGAUGUAUCCCGCGGCGUCUUUGGUGCAACCGUAGGCAUCGACCGCCUACUCAAGCUUCUAGACAAGUACCAGAUCAAAGCCACCUGGUUCACACCCGCGCACACGGCAGAAUCUUUCCCAGAGCAGAUCCGCAAGAUAAUCGACAAAGGCCAUGAAAUAGGCCUUCACGGCUACACUCACGAAUUCGUCUCAACACUCAGCGAGCAACAGCAACGAGACGUACUGGCAAAAAGCAUCCAAGUCCUAACCGACAUGGUAGGCAAAAAGCCUCGCGGCUGGACAGCCCCAGCCUGGAGCACCAGCAAAGAAACCGUAGCCCUCCUCGAGGAAUUCGGCAUUGAAUACGACCACUCCUUCAUGCACCACGACUCACAACCCUACUACCUCCCCUCCCCGCACCUAACCACGCACACCAGCACCAACACCUCACAACCUGCCUCCCACUGGAUGACCCCCAUGACCCCCUUAAUCCCCUCCUCCAUUGUCGAAAUCCCCGCAAACUGGCAUCUAGACGACUGGCCGCCCUUCCAACUCUCGCUCUCGCAACCCAGCACGCACGGCUACGUCGACACCGCCACCAUUGAGCGGUUGUGGAAAGAGCAGUUUGAGUAUUUAUAUCGCGAGUGUAAUGAGGGAGAGUGUUUUGUCUUUCCGAUUAGUAUUCAUCCGCAGGUGAGUGGGAAGCCGCAGGUGCUGCUGUUGCAUGAGCGGUUUAUUGAGUGGGUUAAUGGGCAUGAGGGGGUCGAGUGGGUUACUAUGGCGCAGAUCGUGGAUGAGUUUAAAGAGGGGAGGGUGGGGGGUGCGAGGGUGAGGGGUGGGGUUGGGAGUAGCGGUAGGGUUAGGGCGAAGUUGUGA